AUGGCAACAACUGUUGAUUAUCCAACAACAUCAGAUGAUGAAGAAUCUGUUGAAGAUGAAAAAACAACAGGUGGAUCAUUUCGUAAUGGAGAAUUUCAAGGACGACUUUUUAAAUGGACAAAUUAUUUACAUGGAUGGCAAGAACGAUAUCUUAUAUUAAAACAUGGAUUUUUAAAUUAUUAUAAAAAUGAAUUUGAUAGUACUCUUGGUUGUCGUGGAGCUCUUUCUGUUAGACAAGUCAUUAUUCAGCCACAUGAAUUUGAUGAUUGCCGUUUUGAUAUACGUGUCAGUGAUUCAGUAUGGUAUUUACGUGCAAAUAGUGUUGAAGAUCGUGAGCGAUGGACACACGCAUUAGAAGAACAAAAACAAUUGUGUAAAAGUGAAGUUGGCUAUGGAAAUGAAACAGGUUUAAGACGACAUCCUAGUAUUGGAUCAUUAGCAUCAACAGCUAGUGCUAGUGUUGCUUCCACUGGUUCUUUUAAAAGAGAUCGUAAUUUAAAAGAGAAAUUACAUGAAUUAGAAACAUUCCGAGAAUUACUUGGGCAACAAGUGGCAACAUUACAAACGUAUUUUGAUGCCUGCGCUAAUUCUGUGGCAAAAGGAUUUGAGCCAUAUCAAAGAGAAUAUGAGAAUAUAAAUGAUUUAGACUUUGAAGAUUCAAUAGAUAAACAAUCUACUACAUCUACAUCAACCAAUGAAUCAGUAAAAAGCCCACUAACAAAACCAAGAAUUGAUCGAUUAGCAUUUAAUGAUCAUGCAGCUAUGUCAAUUGAUUUCAAAGGAGAAGCCUUAACAUUUAAAGCAACUACAGACGGUGUAAUACAUAAUCUAGCAAUUUGUAUUGAGUUAAUGCAAAAACGAGAAGAUAUUUGGAAAAAGAAAUAUGAAAAAGAAUUAGAACGUCGAAAGAAAUUUCAAGAUUUAUAUACAAAAGGAAUUAAACAAAAAAUUCCUGCACUUGGUUCACCCGAUGCUGAAGAAGGUCCACAUAGUACUUUAAAUGAAGAUGAAUUUUACGAUGCAAUCGAUCAAUCUUUAGAUCGAAUCGAUCGCGAGACUGACGAUCAACAACGAUCAAGGCAAUCAGGUGCACCAUCAGCAUGUUUAGAAGAGCAAGACACGUAA